CUCGCCUCUCUAGAGCGGCGGCGGCGGCCAGGGCAGGGCAGCGCCUGUAACUGGAAACCAGCGCCGGCUCCGUCACCGCGCGGCCGCUCCAUUCACUCCUAAGGUGCGUAAUUGCGGGCAGGGGAGAAGCGCUCCCGGUGCCUUAGGAGUCCAGCUGCCAGGAUUACUGUACGGAGGAGCCGGGAGAACCCCUGCAGACGCCGCGAAGACAGACUUUUCUUUUUUUUUCUUUUUUUUUUUUUCCCUUUAAUUUAUUUUCCUCUCCACAAUGUGCCAGGGUUGGAAUUAAAAUGUUCUGGUAACGGGAGUGGAGUCUAUAAACUGAUAGAAACCAGAUAAUAAUCGAUAUUGCUGGUGCCUCUAAUAACCGGGUUUUGUUUCUUGGAUAUUAAGUUGCAAAACUGAAGAGAUGGCCUUUCUUGCAGUGCACGUGUUGAUUGGGAUAUUUAUUUACUUUAGCAGUGUAAAAGGAUCUUCCCAGCCUCAAGCAAGGGUGUUCCUAACAUUCAAUGAGCUGCAAGAAACUAAGACCUCUGAAUAUCACAGAAUAUCCCACAGUCCCCUGGAUUACCGGAUAUUAUUAAUGGAUGAAGAUCAGGAUCGGAUCUACGUGGGCAGUAAAGAUCAUAUUCUGUCUUUGAAUAUUAACAAUAUAAGCCAGGACCCUCUCAGUAUUUCCUGGCCAGCAUCAGCAAACAAGGUUGAAGAGUGCAAAAUGGCUGGCAAAGAUCCUACGCAUGGCUGUGGAAAUUUUGUGCGUGUGAUCCAGUCGUACAACCGCACACACCUGUACGUCUGCGGCAGCGGCGCCUUCAGCCCCGUGUGUGUGUAUGUCAACAGGGGACGCAGGUCUGAGGAACAAAUCUUCAAGAUUGACUCCAAGUGUGAAUCAGGAAAAGGACGCUGUUCUUUCAACCCCAACGUGAACACGGUGUCUGUUAUGAUCAAUGAAGAGCUCUUUUCAGGAAUGUAUAUUGAUUUCAUGGGGACGGAUGCGGCCAUUUUUCGGAGUCUGACCAGGAGGAAUGCAGUGAGAACUGACCAGCACAACUCCAAGUGGCUGAGUGAGCCUAUUUUUGUGGAUGCUCAUGUUAUCCCAGAUGGCACUGACCCCAAUGAUGCCAAAAUCUACUUCUUCUUCAAAGAGAGACUCACAGAUAACAGCGGCAGCACAAAGCAGAUUCAUUCAAUGAUUGCAAGAAUAUGCCCAAAUGACACAGGUGGUCAGCGCAGUCUGGUGAACAAGUGGACAACAUUCUUGAAAGCAAGACUUGUGUGCUCAGUAAUGGAUGAAGAUGGAACAGAAACAUACUUUGAUGAAUUAGAGGAUGUGUUUCUUUUAGAGACAGAUAACCCCAGAACAACACUUGUGUAUGGAAUUUUUACAACAUCAAGCUCCAUAUUUAAAGGCUCAGCCGUGUGUGUGUAUCAUCUGUCUGACAUCCAGACUGUGUUCAAUGGGCCAUUUGCACACAAGGAGGGCCCAAACCACCAGCUGAUUCCAUAUCAGGGCAGAAUUCCGUACCCACGACCUGGCACUUGUCCAGGAGGAGCCUUCACACCUAAUAUGCGGACAACCAAAGAGUUUCCAGACGAUGUUGUGACCUUCAUUAGGAAUCACCCUUUGAUGUUUAAUCCCAUUUACCCAAUACACAAGAGGCCGUUAAUCAUCCGGAUAGGAGCUGACUACAAGUAUACAAAGAUUGCUGUGGAUCGAGUGAAUGCUGCUGAUGGGAGAUACCACGUCUUGUUUCUUGGAACAGAUCAAGGAACCGUACAGAAAGUUGUUGUCCUACCCACGAACUUCUCUGCAAGUGGAGAACUCAUUUUAGAAGAGUUGGAAGUUUUUCAGAGUAAUUCUCCUAUAACAACAAUGAAGAUUUCAUCUAAAAAGCAACAGUUGUACGUGAGCUCAGACGAAGGGGUCACCCAGGUGUCCCUGCAUCGCUGCCACAUCUACGGGACCGCCUGUGCUGACUGCUGCCUGGCCCGAGAUCCCUACUGCGCCUGGGAUGGCAACUCCUGCUCCAGGUUUUAUCCCACAGGAAAAAGGAGGAGUCGCAGGCAAGAUGUGAGACAUGGAAACCCUCUGACUCAGUGCCGAGGUUUCAACCUGAAAGCAUACAGAAACGCUGCAGAAAUAGUUCAGUAUGGAGUGAAAAACAACACCACCUUUCUGGAAUGCACACCUAAAUCUCCUCAGGCUUCUAUUAAGUGGCUGCUACAGAAAGACAAUGACAGGAGGAAAGAGGUCAAGCUGAAUGAGAGGAUCAUAGCUACUGAGCAAGGACUCCUCAUUCGCUCUGUGCAGGACAGCGACCGGGGGCUUUACCACUGCAUCGCCACGGAGAACAGCUUCAAGCAGACCUUGGCAAAGAUCAACUUCAAGGUGUUGGAUUCAGAGAUGGUGGCCGUCAUGACUGACAAGUGGUCCCCUUGGAGCUGGGCCAGCUCAGUGCGAGCGCUGCAGUUCCACCCAAAGGACUUUGUGGGAGCUUUCAGCCACUCCGAGAUGCAGAUGAUUAACCAGUACUGCAAAGACAGCAGACAGCCAGGUCAGCAUAGGGAAGAAUCCCAGAAGAUGAGAGGGGACUACAGCAAACUGAAGGCCCUCAUCAAUAGCAGGAAAAGUAGAAAUAGAAGGAAUCAAUUACCUGGAUCCUAAUUUUAUUUUGUAGUAAUAGGUAUCUUUGUCCUCACUGUAGGGGGUUUAUAUUUGUCUAUUGAGAACAAAUUUGAGCAAAUACGAUAAAAAAAUUAAAUGAAAAGCCAACAAGCCUUGGAAAAGAUCUCUCUCCCAAUGAAAUGCUGUGUAACUUAUCUAAGGAAAAUAACUUGGAGCAUUUUCUUUCCUAGAUGCUUAUUGACACUAGGCUGGGCUCUGUCCUAGAUGCAGAACUGGGUAUUCAUCUUAAACCAGAUUCGCCUUUAACACCUCAGUAUUCAAUUACAACUGAGUAGAAAUUUUUACACAAUUAACUUGCACCUCUGGAACUGUACCAACUAGAAUGGUGGUGAAAGAAUCUGGGUUAAGAUGUAUGCUCAGAGUAGGAUGGUACUAGGAUUUCCUUGCACUGCAUUUAAGAACAUGAGUUUCUUCUUGUUUACUGCUCAAUAUUGGGUUUACAGCUUUCACUCAUUGUCCAAAUCAUGUGAAUGCAUGCUGAUAAGAAGCAAGUAAAGUAUAGUAGAAAUGUUUCAUUCAUUCAGAGGUCAAAUGAAGGAACAAAUAGAAGAAAAACAGAGAAUUUAUACUUUAUCAAAGGAAGCACUGAUUAUUGUGCAUAGUACGAGUUGUAAUAAAUUAAUGAGUUCUGGAAUGUAACUUAAAAUAUCUCUGCUCAUAUUGAUUUUUAUUAAAUAGGGUGUCCUAUAACACCACAUAGCUUUAUAAGCAGCACAAAGGUAACAAGAGAAUGUUCAUUAUUCACAGAAUUUUGAAAAACACCUAAGUGACUUAGGUAUUUUAGCUAUUUUUCAAACAGAUUACACUCCAAUUUUUUUGCAAAGGACAGAAUGUAGGUAUACUGUCUAGUGUUUACUCAGAAUUGAAAAUCAUAGAUUAUUUUUAUUCUGUUCCAUGAUUAAAUCAGAGCUGGUUCCACAUUGCAGAACCAGCUCCAAUUUAAUCAUAUGUGGAAACAUUUCAUAAGUAUCUUUGAAAAUUUUAAAACAUUAUUUUUUCAACUGUUUUCUCAAAGUUGCAAAUAUUUUAACUAGAAUUUUUUAAUUAAACCAUUCCCAUUUUCCAGUCUUUGUACCCUUUUUCUUUUCCGUCUUAUUGUCCCUAUUUCUUCCUACGUUCAGUUCACUGCUGAAAAGCAGAUCAGGAAAAAAAAAAGAAAAAAAAAAGAAUGAGGGAAAAAUAAAACUGAAAAAUGGGUUUGGGUCAAAAACCAAAAAUAGAACUUGAGAGUCAUGUUCAAACAGAAAUCGUUUGUUUAUGAAGCAGCUGUCAGGUCUAAUGAAGUAAGUUUUGUUAAAACUUGGGUGAAUGUGCAUCAAGCCAUCCUAGGAAAAACAAUCACUUUUUUUUUUUUUUUUUUGAGCAACACUAAUGCCAAAAAAUAGGGACAAAUCAUUAAUCAUUUUACUGUGUAAGAGUGUUCUGGAAGCCACUGUGUCUGUUUGAAACAUUAAAAAUUAAUGAGUACCUUAGAAAAAUUAUGAUUAUUUAUGAUACUAUUCAAAAAUACAAACUGAUGUUCAGCUCAAAACUGAGCUAUGUUGAGUUAAACUUCUACAUCUAUUAGAAUACUCUGGGCAUAACUCUAUAAGGCGUGGGGUUUUGUGCCCAAAGAUCUGGUAAUGGAGGUAAUGCUGGUAUUUACCUGGUAUCGCUUAGAUAUGUCACUUUGUCACCACCUGAUGCAGAAUAGCUGGGAAAUGGGCCCUGAUCUAACCACUUAAACAUUGUCUCUACAUCCCUUUGAUGCUGAUGGAAGCCCUUUGAAUUUAAUUUGUGGGCUUAUUGCUUGCAUCAAAAAACAUGGCAGUGCCAGCCUGCACAUAUAUUGCCAUCUAAUUAAGUGCUUUCCUUAAUCGAGGCCUAAAUGCACAUUUCAGCAAUAUUUAGCCACUGGUAACUAAGGACCUUCUUAUGGAAAUUGUCAGGAAACUUUCUCUUUGGCCUCAGCAAGCUAGGAUUUGGCCCUAAGACCUGGCAAAGCAAACUCUGGAGAAAAAAACAAAACAACAAAAACAAAAACAAAAGAACCUGAAAUGGGUAAGGGAAAAUAAGGGUUUGUUUGGGUUUGGGGUUUUUUUUGCCAGCUGACUUUCAGUGCCGCACACUGCUUUCUUUGUAAUCUUUUUUUUUCCUGAGGAUGGCUGACUUCUGAAGUGUGUAAGUGACAAACCAAAAAUCGAGUGCCAUGAAAUAGAACUACCUCCUGGAAUGACACUAGUGCAUAUUCUCUGUAUGCUGCCAUGCUCUUCCUAUUUUCCCAGCAGAUUCACUGCAGAGUUAGUGUGAUACUGAUGUCUAUUGUGAGGCUCAUAAUUGCUUCCAGAUGGAAUACAGUGAUUAAUAGGUAUUUAAGGGUACAAUUUGCCCCGUAAGUGGUUAGGUACAGUGAUAGUUUAAUAGGCCCCCAUUAGGCCUCAGAAAUUACAGUUACACUGUUUUCUAAUAGAAUAUUGGCAAUAAGGGAUUCCAUUAAAACGAUCAGCAUAGCUCAGAGUUUCAUACGAUUAUAAAAUAAUAUUUUUAAAUCUGCUUCAUGUACCAUUAUUAUGGUAUGACUGUUUAAGGGAUUAUACUUAAGCUAACAUUUUUCGUGCUGCAUGAGAACGUCGGUAUAUAUAUAUAAAAUAAGCUUCUGUCAGUGUGUAACUGGUCCAAGCUCUCAUGCUUUAGGAGCCUUCCCCCAUGUAUAGAGUAGUUGGAGCCAGAUGCUCAGCUGGUAUAAACUGAUGUAACUUCCUUGCUGUCCAUUUAGCUACUGUGGUUGAUACCAGCUGAGGGUUUGGCCCUAAAUGUACAGAAUAGACAAACUGCAAUUUUUAUUUGUUUAAAGUAGGCCCUCUACUGCAGGUGACACCAAAACUUAAGACUGUAAUAUUAUUUGUGCUAUUUAAUACUUCCUAUUUUGAGGAUUACUAAAUAAUGUAUAUAAUUUUAUUCCUUAAAAAAAUACAAAAGCAAAAAUGACUUCUAGGCAUAACUUCACCAAAUGUAAAGAUAUGUUCUCUGCUAAGAACUUCACCGUGUACUGAUAUUUUUUUUGCUAUUUUUAUUUUGUGUAGUUUGUAAAGUUUGCUGAAAUCUUGACCUAACAGUGUGUUCUUUGCAAUUGUUGUUACUGUAGAUAUGUGUGUUUUAUUAAGAAAAUCUGGUUUUUAAAAGUGUAGGUAUGUGUAUAAGUUCCUAGCAUGAUGAAACUGUCAUUACAGUGAAUAUGCAUCAUAUAGUGUGUAAGAAAGAACAAAAUGUAGUUUAACAUACUGCUAUUUAAUUGAAUAUCUAAAAUGCUAUUUGCCUGACAAAAUAAAGUGUGUUGCAACAUCUUAAAAA